AUGCCCAGAAUCAUUCGCGUCGUCAUCAUCGGAGGUGGUAUCUCUGGCAUCGCCCAAGCUAUCCGCCUCAAGGAGCAGCUUGGUGACCACCUGAGUCUGACGAUCCUUGAGAAGGGAGCUUCGCCUGGAGGUGUCUGGCGCGACGCCAAGUGGCCAGGCGCUGGGGUCGACGUCCCAAUCCACCUCUACAGCUUGUACUCGGACCUCAACCCAGACUGGUCCGAACGCUUCGCGUCGCAGCCCGACGUGCUUGCGUACUGGGAGAGCCUUAUUGACCGCCACGGCCUGCGUAACACCUUCCUCCUCAACACUACGUACACCUCCUCCACAUGGUCGGCCGAGACCCAGACGCACCAGAUCCUCGUCACCAAUGUGGAGACGGGCGUCAAGAGCAUCCACGAGGCAGAGGUGCUCAUCUCGGCCACUGGUCCACUUGCCAAGCCCCUCCUUCCAGAUGUUCCGGGUAUCGACUCUUUCGCGGGUCCCUCGUUCCACAACCUCCGUUGGGACACUAGCGUAGACCUCACUGGAAAGCGUGUCGCAGUGGUUGGCAACGGUAGCUCUGGAAUUCAGUUCAUUCCCGGUGUCUCCGACCUGCCUGGAGUCACUCUCACUCAUUACAUUCGCUCGGGAGGCUACUUUGUCCCCAAGAUCCAGCACAAGUACACUGCGUUUGAAAAGUUCCUCUUCCGUUGGGUCCCCGGCGUCAUCGACCUCCAUCGCUUUGGCCUCCUUCUUGAGCAUGACCGCACUUGGUCCGUCCGGACGUUCUCAGAUGAUAAGAGGCGUGAGGUACUGGAGAAGGAGCUCCUAGAGUAUCUGGAAGAAAAGGCUCCCGCAGAGUACCUCGAGGCGUUGACCCCAGACUAUCCUCUUGGUGCAAAGCGCACGGCAUUGGAUUUUGGCUGGCUGGACUCGCUCCACCGUGACAACGUGUCUCUCGUCAACACCGGUAUCGCUCAAGUCACUGCAAACGGUAUCGAGACGGAGGAUGGUACUUUCAGGGCACACGAUGUCAUCAUCUGGGCUACUGGGUCAGACGUCGCACGCCACGGUCUCGGUGCCAACGUCGGCCUCCACGGCGAAGACGAUGUCGAGCUGCAGGAGUUCUGGAAGGAUGCUCCCCAGGCCUACCGUGGUUUGGCUGUCCCAGGGUCUACUGCUAUUGCGCGCCUUGUCCGCGGCCUGCUCGACUACGACCUGUCGUCGGUCCAGCCCAAGCAGGAGGCAUUCGAGCAGCACAAUGCCGAAGUGCAGGAGAAGUUGGCAAACUGUACUGCCAGAACCGAGAAGACGAACAACUGGUGGGGUGUGCGCGUGGAUGGCAAGCGCCGCAUCACUGUCACCAACCCUCAGUCUGGAAUCGACCUCUGGUGGAGCACGCUUUCGACCAAGUGGCAGAACUGGGAUGCCGUGCGCCUCAAGUCGGUUGACUCCAAGGCGCGACUGGAGAAGGUUGACGUGUUGGCGAUCCAGCGCCGCCGACACGCAGUCAAGGUUUUGCUCGCGGCUGGCCUUGGGGCGGUGGCGUACUUCACACCAGUUAACCAGCUGUUGACCGAGUUUGCCAGUCGCUUCUAUGCUUGA